AUGAAAGGAACAACAGAUGAUACUUAAGAGAAAUAGUAAGGUGAUUCAGAAUUAAAUAAUGAAGAAAAACAUAUUUUAGAAUAAAAAUGUAUAAUGCAUUUAAAAUAUUGAUAAGAAUAAAUAUUGAAUAACAGUGGUGUAUUAGCUGCUUAUGAAUAUUUUUUGAGAAAACUUUGUAAGGAUGGAUUUCCUAAUGGAAAUGUUUAUGAAUUUGCAGCUCAGGCUGUUUUAAAAUAUGAGAAAAAGAAAUAAGCAGAACAGUUUCGAUAACAGACAAUGGCUAAAUCUUUGGCUGAACUUUAAUUAAGUAGAAUGAAAUUAUAUAAAUUAAAGAUGAAAAAUAUAAAGCUUAAAUUCAAGCUGCGAAAAAUGAUGGAAAACCUGAUCCAAAGAAUGAUAAAAAUGAUAAAAGUAAAUCACCUUAAAAAGGAAAUAAAGAUUAAAAAGAAAAAAAUACAAAAGAAUAAAAUUAAGGAAAAAAUGAUAAGAAAGACACUAAAGCAUAAGGUAUUUAUAUAAUUAAAUUUAUAAAGAGAAAAUAGAUCCGAAAUAAAAAAAGAAAUGA